AGCUGCCGCCCCGGUCCGAGGUGUUUUGGACUGCUCCAGGAGCAGCGCACCUCGCGCCGCCGGGCAGCUGCCAUGCGCGCCGGCCGCCUCGCCUCGCCCCUGGCGCUGCUGCCAGGCGAGCCGCGGGCCAGCCGCGCGACACGAGCCCUUCCCGCGGGCUCGCGAGCGGCGCACGCAGGCGCGUGAGGAGCUGCAAGAGGCUACGAGGGUUGCCCGAUGGCGUGGCGGCCCGUGCGAGGCUGCCCGAUGGCGUGGCGGCCCUCCUGGCAGCGCCAGGCUGACAUUCGAUUGCUGGGCCCGUCGGCAGCCCGCCGCCUCGCCCGCCGCCGCCGCCGCGACGCGCUCGACGCUUGGCUGCGCGGCACGGGCACCUGGCAGCGCGGCGCCGGCUGGCAGUACGGCGGCGACUGGCACCGCGGCGGCGACUGGCAUCACGGCGACGUGGGCGUCAAGCUCCAGCAGCUCGCCGAGGCGGUCCGCAGGAUCGAGGAUGCCCUGGUGCGCGGCGAGACGCAUCCCGACGCCAAAAGCGGGCCGACGCGCCGCGAGGCGUCUCCCGCUGCCGGCAUGAACGCCGAGGCGAAGUGGUGCGAGCCGCGGACGGGCCAGGCCGCCGUCGGCAUGAGGGCCGAUGCGCCCAUGUACGUGCCGCUCCCCGCGACGGCGGGAGUCCCUGUACCCGCGCAGGCCUUGAAGGGCGCUGCGGCGACGGCGGCCACUUGGUGUUGGCUGCCAGAGGCGCUGCCGCCCCCAGCUUCCGCAGCGCCAGUAUGGUGGCCUCAGCCGUCGCCUGCUGCCUCGGAGGCUCCGUCCGAGCUGCAGGUUCGUGGAGUUCCUGGUGCUGGACCCGUACCUGCUCGUGGUGUUCUCGUACCCGACCGUGCUGGUCAUGCUGGUGUGCCGGAGCUGGUGGCUGCGGCUGCGGGCGGGGCCCGUGCCCGUGAUCGUGCUCAUGAUGCUGCUGCUGAGCCACUGGCGGCUCGCAGGCCGGAGCCGCCGCCGCCGCCAACCGGACCUCCGCCGUUUUCGCCGAGGUUGAUGUCGUCGUCUUCGGCCCUGCUACGGCCUCCACGAGAUCUGCCGCCGCCACCAGCAGCCGACGUUCGUGCGGACCAUCGUGGAGAUUGCAGGUACGUGCUACCCGCUGCUGCUGCUGCCGCUGGAGCUCCUGGUGGUGUUGGCCACGCCUCUCGUGAUCGCGCGCUCCGCCCUGUGACGCGUCUGCCUGCUGGUGCUUUCGGCGCUGGUGCUGCCGAAGCCAGUGGUCAUGGGCUUCCGCUGGCCGGGCAGGGGCAGGCCACAGCCGCAGUCGUGGCUUUCGAGGCCCAUUGCAAGGCGUCCACACGCCGUGCUGCGUGGGCCAGGCGUCGCCCGACCGCUGUGCGCCAGGCCGAGGCCGACAGCCUGGCCGUGCCCGCGCCACAGGCAGCGACCGAGCGAGAGGCAGCCGAGCGCGCCGCAGAGGCCCUCGACGAGGUGGUCCCCGUCCCUGCUACUGCCUCGGCGCGGCAUCCGGAGGCUGAGCGCGUGGCCGUGCCGGACACCCUGGGACAGCCCGUUGGCUCCCGCGCGGCACGCGAUGACCAGGGGAGCCGGAGGAUCGGUGACGCUGUCGCUGCUCAAGGCGGCAUCGAAGCCGCCAGAGCCGCCAUGUUUGCCGCAUAUGCGGCCAUCGGCAUCCAUAUGUAGUACCAUAGAAGUGGGAUCAUGAAUGCAUGUCAGCGCUCAGGUAUGAUGUUCCGGCGUAGGCUCGGCACAGCCUCUGUCGACGGCGCGUAAAUAAUCGUGUUCCUGUGUAUCUCUAUGCAUCUCUUUGUCUGUCGCGAGGGUGCGAAGAUGCCUCUGCCUGCACACUGUCCGCGUGGUAACUCCCGCUGUGGUGCCUCCACGCGGCCUUAAUGUUAUAUCCAGCUUCAUGCGAAGCAGUUACACUUAUGUUGUUUAUGUAUGUGAGGUGAGGGACCAGGAUAUCUGGGAGGAGCAGGGGAGGAGCAGCAGCUGUAGUUUGCGUCACCUCCCCCCCACCCUCGGUUAGAAGUCGUCCUCCCCUCGCUCAGGUACGACGUCCCGGCUUUGAGGGCCGGCGAACGAGUUCAGCGAUAUCUCUCCAGCAUCGCUCUCUGGCCCAGUUGUUCCCGAGCGAUUGCGUGGUAACUCCCGUUGUGGUGCCUCCACGCGUCACACAUGUAAUUUUGGCCGAGCUCGGCCGAUAGACAGGAUGAGGAUGCGAGGAGGAGGGUAGGAGGGAAAGAGAUAGGAUUCCCGCUAGUGCUGCUCUCCGUCAGUUGUACCGUCCUCCCUCUCUCCGCGUCCAUCCGCCUCAGCCUUUCGAUCACCCCCCGAUUCAGCCCGAUUCUGCCAUACACCGCCGCAGCGCUUUUUCCAGCAACGGUUCUCGUACGCCUAACCCAGGGGUGUGUAGCGAUUUGCGCCAGUGCUCUCAGAGCAGCCAGAGGUGCGAAGUUCCUUUCCACGCUCAGGUACGAGAUGUCACGACAUCACGAGAGCAAAGCAGUUCGGUCUGCGUCCCAGCCUUCGCUCAGCUCCGUGCUACGAGAGCAGGAGGAGUUCGGUCUGUGUCCCAGCCCUCUUUCUCGCUCUCACACACAUCACAUUCCUCCCUCCCUCCUUCCCCCCUUCCCCUCAGCCGAGUGCCCUGGACGAGGCACAGCACGUCAUAUUUGUCGCCGCCCUUAGCGUUCGCCGUCCAGUCGCCUAUUAUGGGGGGUAGUACGGAGAGGUGUGAUGUGGUUUGGGAGGGCCUGGACUCCUUGCUUCGGUUCGACGCGUUCCGUCCGCUCUGUCGCGGGGGUCCCCUCGUACUGUACUGUACUUGUAGACUUGGUGCCCGUGCAGAGUUUGCGAGCCUCGCCGUUUAGCAUAGCCACACGAGUUGACUGUGCUGACCGCCUCUGCUAGCCGCAGCGCCGCCAUCAGCUGACAGGCCAUACGCUUCAUCAGCAGCGCAAUCCAAAAAUCCC